AUGUCCCGGGGGAGGCGCGGCAGCCGCGUGAGCGCCCUGGAGGGCGGCGGGGAGGAAGAGGCCCCGGCGGCGGCCGCGGCGCCCUCGGUGCCUUGGGCGGUCCCGCAGCAGCCGGCGGCGGCGGCCGAGCAGGUUCUGCUCCGGGGCAUCUUCGAGAUCGGGAGGAGCAGCUGCGACAUGAUGCUGAGCGAGCGGGCUCUGAGGUGGCGGCCCAUCCAGCCCGAGCGCCCCGGGGGUGAUUCCAAGUAUGACUUGCUAUGUAAAGAAGAACUUAUUGAACUCAAGGACAUAUUCUCUGUCAAACUGAAACGGCGGUAUUUUGCUAGUGGACAUGGCACUUUAUUGGGUAUCACACUCUUCAUCUGUUUGAAAAAGGAACAAAAUAAAUUAAAGGAUUCUACACUCGAUCUCAUUAAUUUAAGUGAAGACCACUGCAACAUAUGGUUUCGACAGUUCAAGAAAAUUUUGGCAGGUUUUUCAAACAGACCCAAGACAUUAAAAAUAUUCCUAAACCCCCAAAGCCACAAAAAGGAAGCUACACAGAUAUAUUAUGAGAAGGUGGAACCUCUGUUGAAGAUCGCAGGAAUUAAGACUGAUGUAACAAUAACAGAAUAUGAAGGGCAUGCUCUGUCGCUGCUAAAGGAAUGCGAGCUACAGGGAUUUGAUGGCGUCGUCUGUGUUGGUGGAGACGGUUCUGCCAGCGAAGUAGCCCACGCGUUGCUCCUUCGAGCCCAGCAGAGUGCCGGCCUGGAAACAGACCGCAUCCUGACCCCUGCCCGAGCCCAGCUGCCACUCGGUGUGAUACCGGCAGGCUCUACCAACGUACUGGCACAUUCUCUCCAUGGGAUCCCUCACGUGGUAACUGCAACUCUGCACAUUAUAAUGGGGCACAUACAACCGGUCGAUGUCUGCACCUUCAGCACCACUGGCAAGCUUCUUCGCUUUGGGUUCUCGGCCAUGUUUGGCUUUGGUGGGAGGACUUUGGCUCUGGCAGAAAAACAUCGAUGGAUGUCCCCUACCCAACGGAGGGAUUUUGCUGUAAUUAAGGCCCUGGCAAAACUUAAGCCAGAGGACUGUGAAAUAUCAUUUUUACCAUUUAACAGCUCUCCAGAUUUACAGGAAAGGAGGGCACAGGGAUCUCCCAAAUCUGACUGCAGUGAUCAGUGGCAAAUGAUCCAGGGUCAGUUCUUGAAUGUCAGCAUUAUGGCAAUUCCUUGCCUGUGUUCAGUGGCACCUAGAGGCUUGGCACCUGAUACCAGAUUAAAUAAUGGAAGUAUGGCUCUUAUAAUUGCACGGAACACUUCUCGACCGGAAUUUAUAAAACACCUGAAAAGAUACGCCAGUGUUAAAAAUCAGUUCAAUUUUCCAUUCGUUGAGACUUACACUGUUGAAGAAGUAAAAGUUUAUCCAAGGAAUAAAACAAGUGCAUACAGUCUGGAGGAGGAGGAUCAACCACAUGAAACUGCUUCAGAAAACAGUUUCCCCUGGAAUGUAGAUGGCGAUUUAAUGGAAGUUACAUCAGAGGUCCACGUUAAAUUACACCCAAGACUUAUCAAUCUUUAUGGUGAAAGCAUGGAAGAAAUGAAUGAUUCCAAAGUAACAUGUAAUUGUUUAUAACAGAAACAUAUGAACUAAAAUUUUAAUAUGAACGGACAUAUUUUAAACAGAUAUCCUAACAGGAAAAAAAAUAUUUUAAAGAAAUUAAAAUUGCUUGCUACUUUUGACAUUGCUAAAAAUUAGCAUUGAGGGUUUGAAUAUACCAAAAAAUAUUUAAAUUCUGGGUUUUUUUUGGAAUGUCUUUAUAUCUACUUUUUAACCUAGAUAUGUAAUUCCAAAGUGAAAUAAUUUACAUUCUUUCAUUUUUCAGGACCAUCAAUUCUGUUAAAUAUCCUGUAGUCUGGUACGAAUAGACCAGAGUUCAUGUAAGAAUGCCCUGAUUUUCCUAAUGAGGUACUUGUCCAGUGAGGUUAAAUUUCAAAAUUAUACAACUCAAUCUAACCAGAAAUAGAACUACUAUUUUCAAAAUUUCUCUAAUAACUAAACAACUUCCCCCCAAAAGAAUCUCUCCUUAUUUUUAAGUUGUUAUGGUACCAAUUUUGUGAAUAUUCUCUGAAAGUUGAAAAUGCAAGUUGAUUUUCUUACUUCAGAGUGGUAGGGUUUUAAAAUUCAUAGUUUAUUAAAUUUUAUUUUAAACUAUGCAAAAUAUCUAACCGGG